AUGGGAUGUGUUCAAGGCAAGUAUACUUCAACGUACUCCCCGUCUCGGCGAAUCGAAGAGGUCAAGCAUGAACAUGGAUACGUUAAUAGAGGGGAUGGACUGCAGAAGUUUUCGUCAGGAACGAAGGAUGGAGGCGAUGAUAAGAACCUCGGUCUGGCCCCUGGGAUGGCCGGAAAUGGACCGAAGGUGGUUGAUAGGGAAGGGGAGACCGUGAGGAGUAAUGAUGCUAAUGGGAAUGUUCCGCAACGAAAUGUGUCGAGGAAAAUUGGUGGCGGCGACGAUCAGGUUGUUCAUGGAUGGCCUAAAUGGCUUGUUGAUAAUGUUCAUUUUGAGGUUUUGUCUGGUUUGGUUCCAAAGAGUGCUGAUUCCUAUGAUAAGCUUGCCAAGGUAGGGCAAGGAACAUACAGCAAUGUGUACAAAGCUCGAGACAAGGACACCGGAAAGAUUGUUGCGUUGAAGAAGGUCCGUUUCAACACUGCAGAGCCUGAGAGCGUUAAAUUCAUGGCAAGAGAGAUUAUGAUACUUCAGAAGCUGAACCAUCCAAAUAUUAUCAGGCUUGAAGGAUUAGCCACUUCAAGGAUGCAGUACAGUCUUUAUCUGGUCUUUGAUUUCAUGCAGUCAGACUUAACCAAAGUUAUCUCCCGGCCAGGCGAGCGGCUCACCGAACCUCAGAUCAAGUGUUACAUGCAACAGCUGCUUUCAGGACUGGCGCACUGUCAUGAAAGAGGGAUAUUGCACCGAGACAUUAAAGGUUCAAACCUGUUGAUAGAUAGGAAUGGGGUGCUGAAAAUUGCAGAUUUCGGGCUUUCCAAUACUUUCAACCCGAAACCAAAGAAACCCCUUACGAGCCGGGUCGUAACACUUUGGUAUAGAGCUCCGGAGUUGCUAUUAGGAUCCACAGAUUAUGGUGUUGGGAUUGAUCUCUGGAGUGCAGGUUGCCUCUUAGCUGAGAUGUUUGCUGGAAGACCUAUUAUGCCUGGGAGGACUGAGGUUGAGCAGCUUCAUCGAAUUUUUAAGCUCUGUGGUUCGCCCUCAGAGGACUACUGGAAGAAGAUGAAGCUACCAGCAAGCUUUCGCCCACCGCAGCAUUACAAGCCUGGAUAUCAAGAAGCAUUUGGAGACUUCCCCAGUUCUUCAUUUGAGCUCCUCGUAAUGCUUCUUAAUCUGGACCCAUCUUAUCGUGGCACUGCAGCGUCUGCUCUUCAAAGUGAAUUUUUUUCUUCAAUUCCUUUGGCAUGCAACCUUUCAGAUCUACCAGUGAUAUACAAAGAGGAGGAUGAGCCAUAUAAAGCCAAAGAUCGAAAGAAGCACAGAACAUCAAAAACAAAGCAAACUUCUGGAAAGAAACAUGAAGGUCAUGAGACAAAGGACCUAACAACAACGGAUCAAAAGAAAGAUGAUACUGAUACUUCCAGGGAGAUAAAUGUUAGUUGCACUUUUAUGUUUUAUAAAAGGACCAAAUGA